GCCUCAGGACUACCGAGAGCAAGGCCACUUCCUUCUUUCUGCCCACGCUAGGGACUUAUUCCUCUACUGGCCUGGCUUCCCCGUUGGGGUCUCUGGCCGCGUUGUUGCCCCAGCGUGACUUGUCUUCGGGGCGCGGUCGCGGGAGCCUCGCGCGGGAGCUCUGUGCCCAUGAAGAUCUCGCUGGUGACUGUCCAGCCCCGCCACCAUGAACGGGGCCCUGAUCCCCCAUACGCCCAUCGCUGUGGACUUUUGGAGCCUGCGCCGGGCUGGUUCCGCACGGCUUUUCUUUUUGUCCCACAUGCACUCGGACCACACCGUGGGUUUGUCUAGCACCUGGGCCCGGCCCCUCUACUGCUCCCCAAUCACUGCUUACCUCGUUCAUCGUCACCUACAGGUACCUAAGGAGUGGAUCCGGGCCUUGGAGGUUGGUGAGAGCCAUGUCCUGCCUCUAGAUGAAAUUGGGCGAGAGACCAUGACUGUAACCCUAAUGGAUGCCAAUCACUGCCCUGGCUCUGUCAUGUUUCUCUUUGAAGGAUACUUUGGAACCAUCCUCUACACAGGUGACUUUCGGUAUACACCAUCCAUGUUAAAGGAGCCAGCCCUGAAACUGGGGAAACAGAUCCAUACCUUAUACCUAGACAACACCAACUGCAACCCAGCCUGGGUUCUUCCUUCCCGACAAGAAGCUGCCCGCCAGAUCGUUGAGCUUAUUCGAAAGCACCCACAACAUAACAUAAAGAUUGGACUCUAUAGCCUGGGAAAAGAGUCACUGCUGGAGCAGCUGGCCCUGGAGUUUCAGACCUGGGUGGUAUUGAGCCCUCGGCGCCUGGAGUUGGUGCAGCUGCUGGGCCUGGCGGAUGUGUUCACCCUGGAGGAGAAGGCCGGCCGCAUCCAUGCGGUGGACCAUAUGGAGAUCUGCCAUUCUGCCAUGCUACACUGGAACCAGACCCACCCUACCAUCGCUAUCCUUCCUACGAGCCGGAAGAUCCACCGCUCCCACCCCGACAUCCACAUCAUCCCUUACUCUGACCAUUCCUCCUACUCGGAGCUUCGGACCUUUGUUGCAGCACUAAAGCCCUGCCAGGUGGUCCCCAUUGUCAGUCGGCAGCCCUGUAGGGACUACUUUCAGGACAGCCUGAGCCCCAGGCUCUCUGUGCCCCUGAUCCCCGACUCUGUGCAGCAAUAUAUGAAUUCCUCCUCAAGGAAACCGAGCUUUCUCUGGCUAUUGUUAGAAAGGAGGCUAAAGAGGCCAAGAACCCGGGGUGUCGUGUUUGACUCCUCUCAGGAAACUGCUGAUCAGUCUCAAGCUGACAGGGACUCAAAGAAGGCCAAGAAUGAGAACCUUUCUGGGGACCUUGAGAAGCAGGCUUCCCGCCAUCCUUUGCAGAACAAGAAACAGUUGUUCCCGGACUUCUGCAGCAAAGAAUGGGAUGGGACAGCCCCUAGCUCUGAGUCCCAGAAGAUGGUGACUGUACGGACUGCCCCCUUGAGUUUUUCAGUGCACGUACGGUCUACAGAUGAGAAUUUUCUUUCUCUAGAAACUGGGGAGGAAACUGGUGUAGGCCCCCACUUGGUACCCAGGGGAGACCACGAUGGCUUAGCAGCCACAGGGAACCAGAGCGCCUGCCUGGGCCAGGAUUCUCCCCUGUCUCACCGCAGCAAGGCUGCCCCUCUCCAGGCUCCUGAGUUCAGGGGCCUGGCACUAAAAUACCUUCUGACUCCAGUGAACUUUUUCCAGGCACAGUUCUCUUCUAGGGGCUUUGACCAGCAAGUGGAAAAAUACCAUAAACCGUGGCUGAAGUACAGAGAGGAGAAUGCAGAAGGAUACCUUGGUUGAUCCGGCACUGCAGUUUUAAAGACUGACCAGUGGCUGGUGAGGAAGUUUAUUUGAGGCCUUACUUUUCUAUCUUCCCAGGAUCCCUAUGGGCUCUCCCUGGAACAAUACUUCUCAAAAUAUGUUCAUUGGAAUCCCGUCAGUGUUAUGGUUGACGAUGUUUCAUAAACACUUUCCAUUAAGCCCCCUGCACAGUAUACGUGAGCACAUUAAAGGUUCCGAGAAGUCUUGCAGUAAUUUAAUCUGCUUAACUUGAACUCAGUAUUUCUCCAACUCUUUUGAACAUGCAGUCCUCUUAUGUGGGUGCAGAAAGAGAUGUAGUCUGAAUCCGAAGGACCAGAUUAUUCCCAUUGUUCUUUUGUGGGCCAUGUGCCAUUCCCCAUGUCCCCUUCUCCCUCUUCCCAGAUAAAAGAACCUAGGUAGUUUUGUUGUUGUUGUUGUUGUUGUUGUUGUUUUAGUCAGGAACUGCAUUGUUGGAGGAUAAAGUGGUGAUCCAGGCAGCACGUUCCAAUCCUGAAUGUCACUGACUUGCCAUGACCCCAUCAAAGAGACUUCCUCUCUUUGCCUCUGGGAGGGAACGGGAAGCAAUGAAGAAUCCUGGAACAGUGGAGAGAAACUUCCCCCUCCACGAGAGUUUGCAAUUAGUGUCACUGGAGACAUCUCUGGAACAGAGCCAGCUGGGGUAUUGGGCACCUCUCACCAAGGCCAUACCUGGAACCCAGCUGAGCAUUAGACUUAGGGGUACAAUGGCCUCCCGGCUGCCUGGAGGCCCUGACUGUUUGGCUGAAAUAGAAUUAUAAAAGAUCAGAUGUGCUGCCAGAUAGUCCUGAUUGUUCACAUAGCUGGGAUAUUUGCUGUUCUCCCCACCCCCCACCCCCUUGGGUUGAGUAGGGAACCGGAGCACACAGCCUGUUUGUUUUAGUAUCCAGGGCAGAGACCAAGGAGCCAGCUGGUGGAAAGGGUGGGGGUGUGCGGCUCUGCCCUGUCCUUCUGCUCACAGCCUGACGACAUGCCAGGCCAAUAAGCAGGACAGCAGAUACCACAGGCUCUGAGAGAGGGCAUAGCGAGUGGAGCCGCGCACAGGGGUAAAAACUGCUUCAGAACAGAGCCUUGCACUAAAGAAGGUGGUUUCUUGCCCAGGAGAAAGAGGUUUCUACUUUCAGAAGAAGAUAGAAAGAGUUUAGAAAGUAAGGCCUUGCUCUUCGGCAAGCUGUGCAAAGCUCUGUUCUGUCAGUGCCCUUCACUGUAAGCCUCCCGUGGGCCCACUAGGAGCCCCAGCAGGUGGGGCAUGUGGGACAGCAGGAAACAUGGGUUUGUCCUGGGCUCGAAUCCAGGGCACCCUGGGCAGAGAGCUCCCACGCCUAGAUAGUGGAGUCUCCGUUCCUUAUCCGUAAAACAGGGACUGUGAGACCUACCUUUCCUGGUUGUUCUGGAGGUUAGAUAAUUGGUAAAAAUUCUUAGCUCAGUGUCUACCCCAUGACCGGUAUUUCAAAUAUUGGUUCUCUUAGCCUCUGGUUCUCUAAAGAGAUUAUUCUGUAUAUAAAAUAUGAAAUUUUGGAAGUCAUAUAAAAAUAUAAAUUAGAAAAAAUCAAUUAUAAUCCCUCCAUGUACAUCAGUUGUUUCCUUCUAGUCCUUUUUUGUAUGUAUAAAUGUAUUAAAUAUAUAAUUUUUUCUCAAAAUUAGGGCAAUACUGUAUAUAGUUUCAAUCCUGUAUUUUACUUAAUAUCUUAAACAUUUCUUUGUACCAUUAAAUAUUGUUUGAAAUGUAAUUAUGAAUAAUUAUAUAAUACCUUAUAUAGGCAAUACCAUUUCCAUAUUCAACAUUUUAUGUGCCCUUUUUUCACAAUUAUUCAUAUUACAGUGAACAUCUUUAUGCAUCUAUCAUGGCCUUCUUGUUUAUUUCCUUAGAGUAAAUUACUGGAAGUAGGAUUACAAUUUUAAGUUCUUUCUUGGGGGGCGGGCAGGGGCUGAGGGA